UGUGUUGAGAGUGGGGUAUAAAACAGGUUCGCGCCAGAAUUAGUUGCUCUAGCAACACGCCAGCUAACUGCAAAGCUCAUCAUUUACAGUUGACAGCUUGCUUCAGGAUGGCUGGAAAGAAAGUGUUGAUCGUGUACGCCCACCAGAGCUCUGGCUCAUUCAGCGCUGCAGCUAAAGAUGCCGCAGUGGAAGUUUUGGCCGCUCAGGAUUGCACAGUAGAAGUAUCUGACCUGUAUGCCAUGAAGUUUAAAGCCACUGCUACUGCCGAGGACAUCACCGGAGAAGUUAAGAACGCUGAUCACUUCUGUUAUGCGGAGGAGACUAAACUGGCAUGGGAGGAAGGAAAACUGUGCUCUGACAUCAUGGAGGAACAACGUAAACUCACUCAGGCAGACCUCGUCAUCUUUCAGUUCCCCAUGUACUGGUUCACUGUUCCUGCUAUCGUGAAGGGCUGGAUCGACCGGGUGCUCACACUGGGCUACGCGCACUCCCCAGAGAAUCGAUACAGUCAGGGAAUUUUCAAGGACAAGAAAGCCAUGCUGUCCUUCACCACUGGGUCUCCUGAGUCCAUGUUCAGUGCAAAUGGCAUUAAUGGAGACAUGAACGUCACACUGUGGCCACUACAGAAUGGCAUCCUGCACUACUGUGGCUUCCAGGUUCUGGCUCCUCAGAUCUUCUGGGCUCCGUCUUACGUUCCUCCUGAGGCACGCAGCACCAUGCUGGAAGGCUGGCGUAAACGACUGCAAGGCCUCCUGGGAGAAAAACCACUUUCCUUCACUCCCUUGGAUUGCUUUGAUGGAGAGAGUUACCAACUGAAGCCUGAGGUCUGUGAGAAACAUGCCACCAAGGAGUAUGGACUAACGGUGGGGAUCCACCUGGGAAAGGCACUCCCACCCAACAGCCAGAUGAAAGCUGGAGUCUGAAGAUGGCCGUGUCUUUAAAUUGCAUAAUUGGAAAAAUAAAGGCUGAUGUACUGA